CACUCCAUCACUGCUCUUCUCUUCACCUUUUUCUUCCUUCUUAUUCACUUGUCCCGUCCCAUGUAGCAAACCACACAACACACAUGCAAUUGCUAGCUACCUACUAUCAUAUUCUUCUACUUCUCUUCUCACUUAACACACUCAAAUUAAAUCCUCUCUCAUUUUCUUCCUUUCUCUCCUUGCAACAAUGCAAUGCAAUGCCGUUAACAAACUGAUACUAUACAGUAAUGCCACUUAUUAGUUUGUUUGUUAUUUAAUCAAGUACACUGCUUGGUCAGAACCGAACAGAACAGAACAAUUAAGUUCCUUCUUUUCAAAACUUGGAUUUUGCAAUGGGUUUAUCUUCCCUUCACGCCUGCAUGGAAUCAUCUGCAGAACAUUGGUUGCAGGGCACAAUUCACGAGGAAUCUGCAGGAAUGGAUUCAUCAUCACCAAUAUCUGGUGACAUGCUAACAUGUUCAAGACCAAUGAUGGAUCAAAGGAGGCUAAGACCACCACAUGACCAAUCACUAAAAUGUCCAAGGUGUGAUUCAACUCACACCAAAUUCUGUUACUACAACAAUUACAGUCUCUCUCAGCCUAGGUAUUUCUGCAAGACAUGUAGAAGGUAUUGGACAAAAGGAGGUACCCUUAGAAACAUCCCUGUAGGUGGUGGUUGUAGAAAGAACAAGAAAGUUUCUUCCAAAAAAUCCAAUGAUCAUAACCACCAUUUAGCUAAUAACAAUAAUAAUAUUCAUAAUCAACCUCAACAACAACAAAUGCCUAAUUCAUAUAUUCAUCACAACCCUAAAGAUCUUCAACUUUCUUUCCCUGAUGUUCAAUUCUCUCACCUAAGUAACUUACUUGGGACUAAUGGAGCAUUAGGAAACCCUAAUUUCAUGGAGAACAAGUAUGGUAAUAAUGUUGGCAUGCUUGAGAUUAACCACCCUAGGCCUAUUGAUUUCAUGGAAAGUAAGUUAGAAGGAAUAAUUGGGAGUAGUAGUUCUAGGAAUUUUGAUUUUUUUGGAAAUAGUCAUGACCAUAUGAGUAUGAGUAUGAAUAUGAAUAUGGGUGUUGGGGUUGGGGUUGGAGGAGAUAAUAAUAUGAUGAAUGGUCAAAAUGGGUUGCCACAUGAUUUUCAUCAUGCAUUUGGUGGCAUGUCAUUUGAUCAUGGAAACAAUAACAAUAUUGGGGCUUAUAAUUUGAUGGAUUCUUGUCAAAGACUCAUGCUUCCAUAUGAUGCCAAUGAUGAGGAUGAUCAUAAUAACGAGUCAAUUGAUGUGAAGCCAAACCCUAAACUGUUGUCCCUUGAAUGGAACCAAGACCAAGGUUGCUCUGAUGCUGGAAAAGAGUCGUAUGGUUAUGGAUCAUGGACUGGCAUGAUGAAUGGUUAUGGAUCUUCCACAACAAACCCUUUGGUCUAAAAGCUGAUUAUCUAGAUUUGGAUCUUCUAAAUCAGUUGUUUGAUGCAGCAGUUGUGGAACUGUUAGUCACUGGAUAAUGUAACGGCUUCCACUAUUGCUGCACCUAACUGACAUAGAGGAUUCAUACACGGAUAAUCUAGCUUGUAUCUGAUGAUCAAUGCAUGGUCAAUCACUUUCCUCGUAUAUAUAUAUAUAUAUAUAU